AGUCAUUACUCGGCUCGAAGUUUGUUACUUUCCUUCUUAGGGAGUUUAAGUGUGUUUGUGUAAGCGCCAGGUAACGUGGUACAGGUGCUAGGCCCGAAGCUGUAGCCUAGAUUGAUGACAUGCUUGAGCAUUUUUUGCUGGAAACGUGUGGCCGGCAGAUGCACGUUGAUGUUCACAGAUGAUUAGCAAUGGCCUGUGGAUGUGGUGGUUUCAGUGUGUGGUUGGGGGCCUACGUGCAAGUUCCACGUUGUCCGCGAACACAUCCGCCAAAGGCUCUGGCCCCACGCGGAUUUUUGUGCCUGCAGCAUUCCAGACAGUUCACGAAGAAAUCCAGCACCGGUUUCGGCUGCUCAGCUGGAAUAUUUUGGCACCCUCUUGGGACAACACCUGGGCGAAGACACGGCCGUCCAACUGGCAUGUGCGAUUUGCACGGAUUGCGCAGGAGAUACGGUUGCGAAAAGCAGAUAUCCUUGUUUUGCAGGAGGUAGAAGUGCUGCUUUACGAUGAGCAGAUCCAGCCUUUGCUGAAAGCUCGAGGUUAUCAGAGUGUUUACUCCGGCUUGGAUUCGGGCAUCGGGCUAGCAGUGUUUUGGCGACACACCAAAUUCAAGCUCAGCCAUGCCGUCGAUAUUGACUUGAGGGACACUUCGUGGAGCAAGUGGCGCUUGCGGGACUUGAGUGAGACACAGCGGCAGAGAUAUUUGUCGCAGCCCAACGUGGCGCUUUUUGCGACUUUAGAAUGCCUGGGGGACAAAACCCAGGCAGGCCAUGCUGUUCUCAUUGGGGCAACACACCUCACAGCAAACCCAGCAAACCAUUUGCCUCUUCGUCUGGACCUGCAGCUUUUCCAAGCCAUCAUGUUGCUGGACGGGAUGCGCCGGGUUUUUGACCAAGAAAGGGUGAACCAUGCAAGUUUGAGUGUCGUCCUCGCCGGGGAUUUUAACGUACCACAAUUUUUUCCUCUCAGCGCAUUCGAGACGUUGACCAAGCAGAUUGAGAACCCCUCCGAAGACUUCACAAGGCCAGCCUCGCAAGAGAUGGUCCUUCCAAGUCCGGUGUAUGAUUUGAUGACCCAAGGCAGUCUGACUGCGGAGUCCGUGGGCUUUCUGAUGACUGCCGUGAAAGCUUCCGGAUUUCAUCCUUCGAGUCUGCUCGGAGGCAGGCAAAACCGAAAUGUUCAGCAAAACGGAUUGGGAUGCAAGCUUUGCGAUAAAACCCGGCCAGGUCCGGUCUAUGACAUGUUUGUUCAGGAUCGGUCGCAAGACGUUCUUAUCAGCACUUACGCGCACGUCACUGGCACAGAACCGAUAACAACAGAGGCGGACACGUUGGACUUCAUCUUCUUCAUGCCAGGCCAUCGGCGUCACUCUCGUCCAGCAAGACUGGCAGUCCAAGGUGUCCUUGCUGCUCCGCUUCCACAAAAGAGGAGCCUUUUGCUCAACGGCCUGGGUUCUGACCACAUCCCUCUGCUGGUGGACUUUGCCAUUCUAUCACCAAACGCCGCGGCAGCAAAAGCGGAGUGCCCACCGGCGACGGCGACCGCGACGGCGACCGCGACGGCAACCGCGGCCGCGACGGCGCACGAGGUGCUCAAGGUUCUCCGGCAGCUGCAGGAACUGGAGGCGGCGCUGAAACUCCAGCAGCGAGAAAUGGCGACGCAGCUCGUGCAACUGUGCGUUGUGACCUGCGCCUUGGCGACGGCCUUGUGCCUUUUGAUGCCGCUGGCGCCUGUCAGGCUGAAUGCUCUGGUGGCCUUGCUGGUCCUCACGCUUCAAGGGGCUCUGCUGUGGAGGUAGCAGCCGAUUCAAAGGUUUUCCCAGAAACGGGAUUUCUGCGUUUGCAAGACUGGAGCCAACAGGGCCAAUG